AUGGCGACAUUAUCUGAACAUCAACUUCCAAGCCCGCAAAUGCAGCCCAUUAUCCUGUCCAUGGAGGUGGACGAUGAAGAUUCUUUCGAAAGUGAAUACCGAGUGCGGAUUGGAAACACAGUCAAAUACCUCAUCGUCUCUCCCAAGACCUUUGACAGAGAAACCCUUUCAUUUCCAAUCCAGUCCCUACGUAGUCUUCCUUACCACGAGGAAUGGACUGUAGCCCGCAUCUCGCGAGACGUGAGCAACGGAGACUUAAAAACUUCCAUUUCAAACCAAACUCUGGCUGGUGUCAAGUGUCAAUGGCAUAACAAUUGUAUCAACUGCCUUGAAUUGGAAAAGACCAAGCAGCUCACGGCAAUGGCAUUUGAAGCUACCAUACACUCGAACCCACUCGUUUCGACGGUACCUAUAGCCACCGUUAUCGUCAAAAUAGCUCGAUUUGAGUGGGAGAUUCCUCGAAUCGAACAAGAAACAAGAGCGUAUCAGUUGCUUGAGGGUUCCGAACUGGCCCCGCGCUUUUUAGGUCAUAUCCAUGAAAAUGGACGUGUCAUGGGAUUUCUCUUAGAGAAAGUGGAAGGACGUCCGGCGUCCUUCCAAGAUCUGAACAUAUGUGAAACAGCGCUGGGAAAACUUCACAAUUUGGGAUGUACGCAUGGUGACGUAAACCGGUACAACUUCCUCAUCACUAACGAGGGAGCGAAGCUCCUCGAUUUUGAGCACCUCGUAGAGAAUGCUAGGCCAGAGUCAAUGCUCAAGGAGCUGGAGCGUUUGAGCGCUGAGUUGGUAGAUGAUUCAGGGCGUGGUGGAGGUUUUAUUUUUCAUGGUAAUAGUGAGUUUAGUUGA